AUGGUGGGCUUGGUGGUGUUGAUGCUGGGGGCUUGGUCGGCGCUGUCGGAGGGGCGUCGGUUUUAUGAUACCAUGCUUCCGAUCGUGUCAGAGGUGACUUGGCUGCCUGAACCUUCGGGUCACCCCACGCAUGCGACGGACAGCUUUGUGGGCUCGCCCUCGAUAGUCAAGCUGAAUGCGACGCAUUUCUUGGCCUCGCACGACCGCUUCUUUCAUGAAGAGCCCGGCACGGCUUACAUCUAUAUCUCUCCUGAUCUCGUCAAAUGGGUCCCGCUGGCCAAUGUCACUCCCAUGUACUGGGCGCAGCUUUUUGUGCACCAAGGCCAUGCGUACAUCCAAGGCGUGAGCGAUGACACCAGUCGCGGCGAUAUCGUGAUCAGCCGCAUGGCGCCUGACGGCACGUGGACAAAGCCCAGCGUCCUUCAGGCCGGGUCCUCUACCACUGGCUAUCAUUGUGCACCUACUCCAGUGGUACAGCAAGAUGGGGCCCUCUACCGCGCCCUUGAGCAGGGAUCAGACAACACUCCCGGCAACUUGGCCGUCGUUGUUUUGGUCGGCAACGCUUCAUGCUCCGAUCUGACAGUGCCGAGCUGUUGGCAGUUGACAACACCGCUGGUCUGGAAUCCUGCCUGGAUUGGACAAUCCACCGUGUCUGGCACGCCUUGGGAAGAAGCUGGUGCGAUUGUGACCAAGAAUGGCUCGAUUGCAGUGAUGGUUCGGCUCGAUGGACCUGUCGAAGCCUGCCAAACGUUGGAAGAAUGCAAUCGGGCGGCGCUGCUCAGCCUGGACACCGGGAGCCUUGAGCUGCACUUUGCAGACAUUGUUGCCUUCCCCUCAUCCUGCAACAAAUUUGCCGUCAAGCUGCUCUCCGAUCAAGGGCACGACGGCCAGUAUUUCGCCCUCACCAACCCCGUGACGCUCGUGCCUGUCACAAGCUACGGGAUCGGCACCUGCGGCCAGCGCAACGUGGUCAAGCUCACCAGCUCGCCGGAUUUGAUCCAUUGGCAUGACUGCGGCAUCGUCCUGUGGGAUGAUACCGGCCUGGCUGUGAAUGACUCGCUGGCUUACACCGGCCUGCAGUACAUUGACUACAUUUACGAGGACACGAACCUCUACGCUGCCGUCCGGGCCGGAUAUCGGGGCAGUGUGACAUACCACGAUGCCAACCGCUUGCUCGUGGCCAACAUCACGGAUAUUUGGGCGAGAUGCAAUCUCACCGCCUCUGGGCGCCGACCAUGA